AUGGAUGAAGCAAGUGCAGAAAGUAGUGUUGAAUUUUUGGAAGAAGAAGUACCAAUGAAAUCGGAGAAUAAACAAACACAUAAAAAAAGAACAAAAAAUAAUUUAAAAUUGAAAUCACAUCGUGGCAAACAAAUUAGAAAGUCAAAUAGCACUGAAAUUGAUAAGCGAAUGAUAUCAGCUAGAAAUGGCAGUGAUAGUCGAAGUACAAUGCGAUCAUCUUCUGAUACAUCUGUUCAUUAUGCAAAAAUGAAUGCAAAAAAAAAAUUGAAACGUAAAACAAAAAAGAAAAAAACGAAAGCAUCGAGCACUUUGGAACAUGAAUUGCCUUCUCAACAGCCUCCUUCAUUAAAAGAAAAUGAAAUGAGCGAUGAAAGAUGGAAUGAAACUUAUCAAAUUUUUGGAAAGCCUAAAAAUGGACGAAAGAAUAAAAAACAAUUAUCAAUGGAACAAUUCGGCACUGAUCAACCUGUAUCGAAACAAUAUCGUGGCGUAAGAUCAAUGGUUGAACCAAUAGGUUGUCAAAAAAUUGUAAUGAAAGGAUGGAAGCCUCAUUAUAAAGUGAAAAAGAUAUGGUUGCAAGAUCUUUCCAAAGAAUGA